AGAUCUAGGACUAAAUAUAUUUAGUCAAUCUAGUAACUAGAUUAGUAUGUUUAUAUCUAUUACACUACGACUCUAUAAAAUUAAAGGUCUAUAAUAUAUCCUACUAUAAUCACAGAUCUAGAUAGAUCUGUAUACCGGUCCCUCUCACCUUCUGGAGUGAAACAUAUUUCAUGAUGGGACGUGACGUAGUACGUCCAUGUGUUACUUCAUUAGGGCCCAAGUCACAUGACCUGCUGUCAUAACUAGCUCUAUUUUUAGAGUUGAACUCGUCUCACAAAUGUGCUGGAUCACAAUGUUAGUGAUAGCGUGCCAUGUCCACUGGGGAGCAGCAGUAUUGAACAACAGAGACAACCAGGUCUAUACAGCAGGAUGUGGUUUUGAUGUAGUACCAGGACAACCAAGCAUGUUUAAGUUUUGCAACGCUUAUGGUCAGUGCAUCAAAUCAGCCUGCGGCAUGUCUAGAGUAUUUAGUAAAACUGACUGUGGUUGCGUCCCCUUGUUGAAUACUAUCAAUGAAGGAAACUCGAGCACUGCUUCAGUGAAACUGACACUGCCAGAUAACUCCACACGUCCUGAAGAAAGAUCUGCUGCUCGAGCUUCGGUCGUAUCGUCAUUUUUAGAGCCUAAUGACAGGACAAUCAACAGCGUCACUUCCAAAUCAAAGACAGCUGCAGCAGCUUCAUCCAACAGCUCAUCAACAAGAACAAUUAAAUUCCCAAUGACUAUUGCCAUAGAGACAGGAAGUCAAUCCAAAAAUGUUACACAGCCUCCCAGCGACGUAGAAAGUUCGACAAUUGGAUUUACAAUCCAACCAACUUUGUUUUCUACAGCUUCCAAGCACCUAAACAUGACUAGAGUUCUCCCUCUCAACCAUACGUUUGUUUGCCGGACAGAGGUCAACAUAUCUGGGAUGAAUGACAGAGAACUGUUAACUGGUGAUACAACAGUCGGAACUGUUUAUGUCGGUGUCAGAGGGUUAAACAAUAAUAAUGGAUCUAUCCAGUUCAGUGGCAGUGGACUUCUGUGGAUACCUUACUACGAUAGUAUCAGUUUUCCAUCAGGUCUGACAAUCUCCAUGGAAGUUCAGGAAAACGUUACGCACAUGGUGGCCCAAGGGUUAGUCAAUAACUGCGGGAACGGUGUGUCGCCGUCAUACAGCAUUGUCUUGGAUCCAAGCCAAAAAUUGGUGCGCUUUAAAGCUGUGGUCAUUUCUGAGACCAGGCCACAGCCAACGCUGGAAAAUCUGGAGAUCUCAGUACCAUACGAGCCUGGUUUUAGCAAGAUCAUAGAGAUGGAAUGUGACGGGAACAAUCUGAUUGGAAGAGUAAGCGGUCACAUGGCAGGAACUCACAUUUCCUCCAAAGAUUCUCAUACACAGGUGUACAAGGAACCUUGGGACACAAUAGCACAUAAACAUGGAAACCAAAUGAAAACUUUCUCCUGUAAGCACUGUGUGCUACUACAAACACCUAAACAUCCAACAAAUGUUGAUGCACAGACUCUAACGUCAUGGGUCACAACUAUGCGACAACUCGCUGCUUCAACUGUUAAACUCAAGGUGACUGAGUGAUUUCCGGUUAGAUUAGUUCAGAGGUCAUCAAAGAUCUGCGUAAAUCAGGAAAGAAACAAAUCUGUUUCGUGUAACCAAGUGAUACAGUUGUUUACAUUCACCUAUACGCCUACUUGAAAAUAGAUCUACCUACAAGAUGGCAUUCUUACAAUUAGAGUUAACGCCCAUUGACUAGUGUGCAAAGACUUCAGCCAAAAAGCUGAAUGCUAAAGACAAAGGGUGACCCCUGCAUAGUGGAGAGUAAAUUAUGUCUUACAUCACACCACAUUCAGAGAGGCGCCCAAAAUUUUAAAAAAAAUAUUAUAGUUAGGUUAUUCGAAUUAUAUUAUUAUUAAAUACUUUUAUUUAAAAGCCUCCUCAAGCAUCCUCAAGCCAACACCCUAACAACUUUGCCAGCGAAUCGCGUAAAUAAACGAUUUUAUAGUUUUCUAUUGUUAUCUUCAGACUUUAAAAAGUUGACCUAUAAAGUAUAAGUAUUUGGGGGGGGGGGCUAAUUCAACUUACACCACCACAUUAAUAUAUAUACCAUAUCUUUCCCUUGUUCGAUACAAAAAAAAAAAAAAAACAAUCACCAAUAGUUAUUUAGCUAAUUGUUUAAUUUUUUAAAAUUGAUUCUUGUUUUGUCAGGUAAAACAAUUGUGCAGCGUGAUCCGAUAUUGGGUGUUGCAGAAAUAAGGUUUAAAAAUUUUUACUAGGCAGUCAAACAGACAGAGUGAUAUGAUAUAAAAUUUGUAAAAUUAUUU